AUGCCCGUCUCCGUCCAAUCCCCCACCCGGGCCCGUAACGCCGGCCACCGCACCAAAAGGUCCAUAUCCUCGGUCUCCGCGUCAGCAGAACCCAAACCAAUUGACCCAUCAAUCAUCCACCAACCCAACGACCUCUCCUCUGUGCCCUCCCUUCUCUCCGCCAUCCUAACCCAAGGCAUCGCGGCGGUCUCCUCACCAUCUGACGAUGCCAGUCGCCUCGCUUUGCUCUCCUCAGCCCGUGCUCUGGUGCUGGCACUCGAAAAGCCGCGCGAGACCAUGAUCCGCCAGUGUUGGGCUGAUACGACUUGUUUCUCUGCCUUGUCCAUCGGUGUGGACACGGGUGUGUGGGCGUACCUGGGACGGGACGACCGUCCGAAGACAGUGAGGGAGAUUGCGAAGCACACGGGCUUUGAGGAGGCGUAUCUGGGACGGUUGUUGAAGCAUAUUGCUGCUAUGGGACAUAUUGUUGAGGUUGCGAAGGAUGAGUACAGGCCGACGAACUUUUGCAAGGCGUUGAGUAUUGACAGGCUGGGUGUUGCCUAUCCUUUGUUCACCGGACCAGGCAACACAGGCGGCGUGUUCCGUUGCAUCGCCUCCUUCCCCUCCUACCUCAAAUCCACCAACCUCACCACCCCGACUUCCAUCACCGAGAGCAACACCCAGUUUGCCUUUGACACCCCCAAGAACUUCUUCGAGUUGUGCCACGACCCAGCCUACGCGCCCAUGGGCGCCCAGUUCAAUACGCACAUGGGAGCAUACGCCUUCGGCCGCCCCACGUGGGUUGACGAAGACUUUUAUCCCGUUGAGGAGCACCUGCUUGAGGGCUUCGAUGCUAAAGAUGAGAAAGCGGCGUUGCUGGUGGAUAUUGGUGGUAGCAUUGGUCAUGAUUUGCAGAAGUUCAGGGAUGCGUUCCCGGAGGCGAAGGGACGGUUGGUGUUGCAGGAUUUGGAGCCAGUGGUGAGCCAGGUGAAGGAGGGCGAGUUGGAUGGGAGUAUUGAGAGGAUGGCGUAUGACUUUUUGACGGAGCAGCCAGUCAAGGGUGCUCGCGCGUACUAUAUGCACUCUGUCCUCCACGACUGGCCUGACAAGGGAUGCCUUCCCAUCCUGGAGAACGUCAAGGCGGCCAUGAAGCCGGGGUACUCGCGCUUGUUGGUUAACGAGAACGUUAUCCCCGAUGUUGGUGCGAACUGGGAGAGUACAUCUUUGGAUGUCAUGAUGUCGUGCUUGGUGUCGGCAAAGGAGAGAACCAAGGAACAGUGGGUGCAGUUGUUGGAGCGGGAUGCUGGGCUCAAGAUCACUGGAAUUUACCCGGUUGGUAAUGGUGUCGAGAGCAUCAUUGAGUGCGAGUUGCCAACCGAGGAGUAUGAGGGAUCAACAGGAGAGGGCGAGUCGUCAACGGAGGAGUCUUUGUAA